AUGUAAUAAAUAGUAAAUUAAAUUUAACAUUAUUACAUAGAAUAAAGGAGUAUUCGCUUAAAAGAACAUAAAAAAUUGAAAUAAAUGAGGAUGUAUUGUAGAAGAACUUUUAAACUCAAAUGCACGUAAUUAUUAAGUGUGUUAUAAAUUAUUAAUGAAAAUCCAUAUAUUUAUAAUUUAAUUAAAAAUAUCUUUUUUGAUGAUCCAAAAGUUCAAAAUCUAAAGUAUGGGGGACUUAGAACAAAAAUUAAUAAAUCAGCCAUAGAGAAUUGA